AAACAAUCACGAUGGUUUUAUUCAACGCAGCUCAAAGCACUAAGAAGGUCGUCAACGUCGCAUUGGUAGGCCCUGGCGGUGUCGGUACAUCUGUCCUUGAACAAUUGAGCAAAUUAGAGCAAUUUAAGCUUAUUAGCAUCACAAACUCUAAGGGUACUUACUUCAAUGAAUCUGGUAUCCCAUUCGCUUCUGCAAAAUCUGAAUUGGCUAAGGCCUCACCAAAGUGUCUCGAAAAGGAGGUUAUACCAGCAUUAGCAAAGCAGCAACCAUGUAUCUUUAUUGAUAAUACUUCAUCAGAAGAUGUCGCAAAGCUCUACCCAGUCGCUUUAUCACACGGUGUUCACGUCGUCACUCCAAAUAAGGUCGGAUUCAGUGCUUCACUCAGUCUUUACAACCAUAUCAAAGAAACUAGCGCAGCAAGCGGUGCUUUCGCUUACAAGGAAAGCACAGUUGGUGCUGGUUUGCCUGUUAUUUCAACACUCGAGACAUUGCUCAAGACAGGUGAUAAGGUAACAAAGAUCGAAGGUGUCUUAUCUGGUACUAUGUCCUACCUUUUCAACACCUACUCAAAAUCAGGAAAGAAUGAUGAUAUUCUCUUCUCGAAACUUGUCUCAGAUGCUAGAGAUCAGGGAUACACUGAACCACACCCAGGAUCAGACUUGAGCGGUAGUGAUGUCGCUAGGAAGCUUGCUAUUCUCUCAAGACACAUCCCAGGACUUGAGAACGCUCUCCCAGAUGGUGUCGACAGUGUAGAUGUACAAUCACUCAUUCCUGCUGGCUUAGACGGUGAUAUCAGUCCUGAAGACUUCCUCUCUGGACUCAAGAACCACGACGCACACUAUGAGUCACUCAGAAAGACAGCCAAUGAUAACGACAGUGUACUCAGAUACGUCGGUGUCAUUGACGCUGCCUCUGGUAAGAUCAAGUGUGGUUUAGAAACCUACCCAUCUUCUCACCCUCUCGCAUCACUCACUGGAUCAGACAACAUCUUCCUCUUCCACACCGAACGCUACGGUGCUCGCCCCCUCAUCGUACAAGGUGCAGGUGCAGGUUCUGCAGUAACUGCUAUGGGUGUUGUCGGAGACUGUAUCACAAUUUCAGAGAGAGUUUAAGCGUAUAAAUAGUAAAAAUGCAUAAUUAUAUAAAUAAUGAUUAAAAUUCGAACAAUUCAGCGACUAAAUCACCUUGUGUACCACUGACUGCAUCCUUCUCUUCAUCGGUUUCCAGGCUAUCAAGUUUACGCUUGUGUCCACCGAAAAUUCCAAUAGUUUUACCAUCAUAUAAGGCAGGGUUGUUUUUUAUUCUACGACGAAUUUCACUGUCAAACAUGGUAAUAUAAGCAUGAUCAAGGAAUUCUUCCAUUGCGAAAUUAGGCUUUGAGAAAACUUGUGAGAAAAUUUGUGACAUUCUAUUAACACUGCUAUGAUAAUGUGAUUGAUGGGUAGACAUCUCCCAGAGGGAGCUAUCUAAAGCAUUUGAAAGCAUUGGAUCGGUUUCUUCUACUUUGUACAUAUCCGCUUCUUCUCCUUGAGCCAUUCUCUCGGAGUGUAUGAGAUGCAUACAUCCUGGAUGUCUCUUAAGGAGAUUGUAAGUAAAUGGAAUCAACAUAACGAUUGCGGCUGGGCUCGCAGAAAUGGACAACCUGCUGAGUCUCUUGAUGAAAGCCGCAACUAAAAGUGCAGGAAGAUGCGUAGAGCUUAAGAAGAGAUCUAACAUUCUAAAGAAUCUCGCUCUGUAAAGCACAUGUAAGACGUUGCGAUCGCAAAGUGCGUAAAGUCGUCUAUAGAAAUCU